AGUGCGACUGUGAGUGUGUGCAGAGAACACCGUCUUUCUUUCUCUUUUCUCGCGUGUCGUACGGUAACCACACUCUCCUACUCCUUCACGCACUUUUCCCCAAUCUCGGACCCCUGAUUUCUAGGGUUUCACCAUCCAAUUCACCAUUUUCUCCGCAGAGCAUCUCUUAAUCAUUCUCAUAUAUAUAUUUCUCUCUUGAAACUAGGACUCGUCGCUCGCCGUUAAUGCGAUCGACAAAUGAGAAAGAAAAGGAAAGAAACCGAGGCGGAACUCGAGAUUUUAAAGUCGCAUUACUCGCUGGAAGAUUGUUCCAGGUGUAAAAAGAGGUGUAGCGAUGACGGUGUAGCCACUGCUCCACCUUGGGGAACGUCGUUAAUUGUGACGCCGUCAAGAGGUCUCAAGAGGAAGAUAGGGUGCAUUGAUAGAGCCACACAAAUGGGAAGAAGCAGAAGGAUCGACGAUGAUUACGUCACCGGAGGAAACAUGAUCGGGCAAGGAAAGUUCGGGUGCGUGUGGCUGUGUCGCGCACGCGCCGGAGGAGGCGAGUACGCGUGUAAGACGCUGAGGAAGGGGGAGGAAACGGUGCACCGUGAGGUGGAGAUAAUGCAGCAUCUGUCGGGGCACCCUGGUGUGGUCACUUUGGAGGCAGUGUAUGAGGAAGCUGAGUGUUCGCAUUUGGUUAUGGAGUUGUGUUCUGGUGGAAGGUUGAUCGAUAAGAUGAGGGAGGGUUCGUGUUCGGAGCACCAAGCUGCGGGUAUAAUCAAGGAAGUGAUGUUGGUUGUUAAGUAUUGUCAUGAUAUGGGAGUGGUGCAUAGGGAUAUUAAACCAGAGAAUAUUCUUCUUACAAAGUCUGGGAAAAUCAAGCUUGCGGAUUUUGGACUCGCCAUGCGGAUUUCCGAGGGUCAGAACUUGACGGGUUUGGCUGGGAGUCCUGCAUAUGUUGCACCAGAAGUGUUAUUGGGUAGAUAUUCUGAGAAGGUGGAUAUAUGGAGUGCUGGAGUGCUCCUGCAUGCAAUGUUGGUUGGUAGUCUUCCAUUUAAAGGAGAUUCACAAGAAGCAGUUUUUGAGGCUAUUAAGAAUGUCAAACUGGAUUUCCAAACUGGAAUGUGGGAAUCCAUAUCUAAACCUGCACGAGAUCUUGUUGGGAGAAUGCUGACGAGGGAUAUUUCAGCAAGGAUAACUGCUGAUGAAGUACUUAGGCAUCCGUGGAUAUUGUUCUACACAGAGCGUACAUUAAAGAUGCUGCCCAUUAAAUCAAAAUUGAAACUCCAAAAUGAAGCAGCUUGCCAGAAGUUUCUUGCUGCACCUGAAUCUGGGUUAGUAGGAAGUGGGAUAGAUGAUGGCUCCCUUAAUAAGGUUUCAAGCGAGUUUUCAUCCUCUGAAAGUGGCAAUUCAGAAUAUCGUGAUGACUGUGCGUGGAUUGAUGCACUUGCUACUGCUGUUUCACAUGUGAGGAUAUCCGAAACAAAGAGGAGCAAGUUGUGGGGUCCCACCGUUCCAAUUGAUCAGCAAGGUUCAUCUAACAUGAAGGCUAAUCUCUGUAAAGCAUUCUGAACUACUGACAGCUUGACACCGCAUAUACCAUAAUAUCGAUUGCUUUAGCCGGGGUUUUAUAAUAAACUUAGCCCAGAACAUUCUACAGUUGGCAAAAGUGGAUUACAUGCUAACAUCCCAAAUUGGAUGCCACUUUCUCAGGUGUCUUUUUAGCGUGGGAUCUAAUUACAGCAUUUCUUUUUUCUUCCUGUCCAUAUAACCUAAUAAUAAUUAACUGAGAAAACUCAGAUAGUUGUACAGAACAUGUAAAUAUAAUUUUAAUGUGUCACAACUGAAUGUUUUUGCUCUUGCUGGAGCAGGGGUUUAUGUGUAGAAUAUGUUUUGAUUUCACUUGUUUAGUGAAAACUUGAACUUAUUUUCCUUUGGAAGAUUAUAAUAAAAAAUUAUGAUUG